GUGCGUGCGUGUUGACUAUAUGCUGCUUUGGUAAUGUGUGAUUGUGUGCGCCGUAGUGGGAAUGUGUCUGUCAAAAACAAAAUAUUAAAUGUCAAACGCUGACAAAAGUGACAAACAUACUUUUCUAGAAGAAAAAUAAUCGCAGUAUUUUUCGUGGUGUUUAUUCAGAACAGUAGCGUUAAUAUUCUACAUUGGUUGUUGAGUUAAAGAAUGAUAUCUGUGACAAAAAUCAGUUAAACGAAGUGUUAAAACUGCAUAAACAAUGAGUAAACAUAUGUAUUCGACGGCGAACCUAACAGAUAAAGAGCUAAAGGAGCAAGGGAAUAGAUUAUUUAGUCUGAGGCGUUAUGAAGAUGCUAUGAACUGUUAUACAAAGGCUAUUAUUAAAAACCCUUCAGUUGCAACAUAUUUUACGAAUAGGGCACUAUGUCACCUGAAGAUGAAACGGUGGGAGGCGACCUGUCAGGACUGCCGGCGUGCACUUGACAUAGACAACAAUCAGGUCAAAGGCCAUUUCUUUUUGGGGCAGGCUCUGGUUGAACUGGAUUGCUAUGAUGAGGCUAUUAAACAUCUCCACCGUGCGAAUGAUUUGGCGAGAGAGCAGAAGCUGAACUUCGGUGACGAUAUCGCCGCACAGAUACGUAUCGCCAGGAAAAAGAGGUGGAACGUACAAGAGGAGAAGCGAAUAGCACAGGAAAUUGAACUUCAGGCUUAUUUGAAUAGACUUAUAAGUGAAGACAUGCAACGUAGAAUAGAAGCAAUUAAGUUAGAAAAUAGUAAUGAAGAGGAGGUUAAUAAUAAAAUACCGAAAAUUGAAGAGGAAUGUAAUAAUUACACUAGUGAAUUAAAUAACUUAUUUUCAAAAAUGGACGAGAGAAGAAGGAAACGUGACGUACCAGAUUAUUUGUGUGGAAAAAUAAGUUUCGAGAUUCUGAACGAGCCAGUUAUCACACCGAGUGGCAUCACUUACGAGAAAAAAGACAUUGAAGAACAUUUGGAGCGCGUCGGCCAUUUUGAUCCGGUGACCCGCGUGAAGUUGACAGCAGACCAGUUGAUCCCUAACUUCACUAUGAAGGAAGUAGUCGAUGCUUUUCUUCAGGACAACGAGUGGGCACUUGACUACUGAACGAUGCAUUCACUGCCCAAACUUAGUUAUCAUAGGCAUUCAACAUGUAAGUGGUAUUUAGUAGUACCCCGACAAACAGAUACACAAAGAAAAAGAAAGAGGUAUAAGUCCUCAUUUUAAACUCGGACGUAUGACGCUAUAAAGUGUCCGAAAAGUAACCCUUACAGGUUUUUUGAUUUUGGUUAACGUCUAAUUUGUUGUAUGUAUACUAUCUCGGUAUUACCUUAUGAGCAAAGAUUUCGUGUUAAUUUACAUAAUUUUACGGUUGGUAGAAAAGAUUAAAAUUUCAAACCUGAAUAAUAAAUAUCAGUCAAUAAUUUUUAGGUAGUUUUAAUGUCGGGGUAUUAUACAAAUCAGUCGUGUCACGAUCUUAUGUAUAAACAAUUUGCCAAUAUCAGCGUUGUCUUGCUAAAGUAGACUGACACGUUACACAUUGGGUCUAUGUCACUUAUUAGUUAUAGAGGUCACUCACAAAUGGAAUAGCCGUUGCUUUGGUACGUGAAUAGUAAAAAAACUGGGCUGAUACAAAUAAUACUUAGAUACUGACGAGCUUGCUAAAAUAAUAUAGAUUUUUAAAGUUCUCGUAUGUUUUCUUCGUCUCUUCUGCCUUACGUUACCAGCCUUUAAAAUAAGGCUUGCUUGGUAGAAUCACAUUUUGUACAUAUUUGUAACGAUCGAUACGAUUAUUACUUGAGUCGUAUUUGUCGUGAUAAGUCUGUUUCAACCUUUAUAUCUGGCACAUAGCACAAAAUCUCACUUUCUUGCCUUUUUAAUAAAAGGAAAAAUACAAUAUCUAGUUAUUGAUACCCGUAGUCAGGCAUAGGAAUUAUGCCUAAAUAUUGCCUAAGUAGGUCACAUUAACCAGACAAAUAGAAGUGACAUUCACUCAAUGGAAACUAAUAUUACGAUACAAUAUAAGUUACAUUUAAACCGUGUUCCUGAUACUAAAUAUUGAAUCACUUUUUUAUUGACUGCUAUUAAUUUAAAACUGGAAGUGAGAACUAUCGUGAAUUUACAUUCAUUGCUGUCGAUGUGCGUUAACUUAGGAUAUCACAGCCACGCGGACACGCAAUGUAUUAACCUAACACGAUGGUCCUCGCAUCUUUUUAAAGGUUUAGUCGUUGCUUUGCCAUUAAUGUUAAGUCGACUUAAAAAUCUCAUAAUAAAUGGAAUGUUUACAAAUUAUAACAUUAUUACUUUAUAUUUAUUAAGCUUUAAGCAUUUUAAGGCGAGGGCUACACCGCCAUCUAGCGAGCUGGGAGGGCCUCAAUUCCGCUAUUUACAAUAACCGAUUAAUUAAUGAAUGGUAAUUGGAUUAAAUUGUACACUAUUAUUUGCAGGCACAAGGCAAGUAUUUUCUUUCAGCUUCCUUGCUUUUUCGGCAGUAAUGAGACUAUACAUUUGAGAUUUUGAACGUUCCGCCCCGUACUGAAUUUCUAAUUUACAGAAUACGAAUAGUGCCAUUUUAAUCCGAUUUCCAUUCAUUAAUCGAAUAUUGUGAAUAGCUCAAUUGGGGCCCAGGCACCAUGACGGUGAGCAAAAAAAUGUUA